AUGUGGGUAUUCAACCUGCACAUUGGUACCUUGUACCCAAGUUUGGAAGAUCCCCGCAACAAACAUCACCCCUCCAUCCCUCGUCUACAGCCGAUUCUCUCUGACUACCAUGAGUUGGAUAUCGCAACUGUCAGUGAGGAAUUCCUUGUUGACCUUUGUCAUCGGACAGAGAAGGAAGUGGGCAGAAUCGACAGAGAAGAGUACCGGCCCCGAGUCGUCAGAAUCUCCGAACAUAUCGCCGUCAAGUAUGGCUGUGGGGUGACGGCCCCCGAAGCAGCCACACAAGAUUUCGCAUAUCGCAUGGCUGAUCCCCGCAUUGUCCAUAUCCCACGCGUAUACCGAUAUAUUCAAGUGGAUUCAGAAGGGUUAAGAUCCAAAGGGUACAUCUUCAUGGAAUAUAUUCCAGGCAAAAGCUUAUCUGAUGUGGACAUCGAAUCCGACGCCAACAUUGUGGUUCGCUUGGCCAAGGUAAUUCUACACCUCAGUGAAAUCAAGGGAGACACGACGCCCGGCCCAUUUGGUGGCGGCAGGCCACAGGGCUAUAUCUGGGGUGAUGAUGGUGCGAAAACUGAAUUUCACUCACUUGAGGAGAUGAAUGUCUACAUGGACAAGCGUCUGGCGAGACGUUACGAUACCAUCGACCUAACGCCUUAUCCCCUCGUAUUAUGUCAUUUGGAUAUGUGUCGAAGAAAUGUCAUCCUCGAGGAAGAUAAUAAGUCGCUGUGUCCUGUGGACUGGGCUUAUGCUGGCCUUUAUCCCCGGCUUUUCGAGUUUGCAAUGAUUCCUUGCACAUUUCCGUAUGAUGAAGCGUUUGAGAAACCAUUUAUGCAAGAACUGGAGAUAUUGAUGAAUUUUACCGCCGAAGAAAAGCAAUUCAUGACAUUGGUCCGAUGUGUCCGUGCUGCAAAUCUGAGGUGGAUAUUGUAA